CAUUCAGAAUCUUCUCGGUUACACUCAGCUGAACUCACACCCACACUCAACAUGCCCUACAACUGCUGCUCUGGAAGCUUCUCCUCCCGCUCCUUUGGGGGCUACCUGCCCUACUCAGGCUUCUCCUGUGGCUCCUCCUACAACAGAAACCUGAUCUACAGCCAGAACCUCUGCUCUCCCAGCACCUGCCAGCUGGGCUCCUGUCACUACAGGGGUUGUCAGAAGACCUUCCACAGGCCCACCAGAUGUCAGACGUCCUGUGUGGUGUCCAGGCCCUGCCAGCCUUCCUGCUACCGCCCAGGGACCUCCACAUUCUGCAGUCCCUGCAAGACAACUUAUGCUAGAUCUGUGAGAUCUGUGUCUAGUAGCUGUUGCUCUCAGGGCUAUGGCUCAAGAUGCUGUGGAUCUAGUGGCUUUAGACACCUGAAUUACAGAGUUGGUGGCUUCUCUUCCCUGGGAUAUGGAUCCGGGCUCUGCCGUCCCUCCUAUUUGGCUUCCAGGCCCUGCCAGCCUUCCUGCUACCGCCCAAGGACCUCCACAUUCUGCAGUCCCUGCAAGACAACUUAUGCUAGAUCUCUGUCUAGUAGCUGUUGCUCUCAGGGCUAUGGCUCAAGAUGCUGUGGAUCUAGUGGCUUUAGACACCUGAAUUAUAGAGUUAGUGGCUUCUCUUCUCCGGGCUAUGGAUCCAGGCUGUGCCAUCCAUCCUAUUUGGCUUCCAGACCCUGCCAGUCUUCUUGCUACAGACCAACCUGUACAUCUGGAUGUGGGUUCUACUGAUCAUCUUAUUACGUUUCUAAUUUUUUGACAAAUGUCAUCAGUGCCUCCUCUUCCAAUCUUUAUCACCUUCAUUAUGUACAAGAGAAUUGCCUUCUUGUUCUCAGAUUGCUGAUUUCUCACCUUGUCUGGGACUCGCAAAUAGCUGAUAGACUCCAUCUGAAAAACUCUGUAAUUAGUAUAGUAACUCAAAAUAAAGUCUAAAGCCUGCAUUAGA